AGUAUAUUAAUUGACAGAAUCAGAAACCACAUUGAUCCAAAAAAAAAAUAAGAAACCCCACCACCCCAUAAUGGCAGAGAAACCAGCAGCCAACGCCGACUAUAUGUACGGCCAUGGAAUGUUGGUUUUUCUGAAACCGGGGCAAGAGCGCUCUGUGGAGCUUCUGAGGGAGGAGAAAGAAAGAAGAAUUAUUUUACAUAAAAAGCGGAUAGCUCUACUAGGGGAGGAGGAAGCCAAGAAACUUCAGCAGGAGGAUUACGAGCGAGAGCAACCUCUGCUAGACCGAGUGCUUGAGAAGCAGACACUUGAUACUCCACUCUCAAUCUCUGAAUUACCAGUGGAUCCCAAGAUAGAAGAAAUGCCAGCAACCCUCGGCAGCUAUACGUGCUGUUUCGGAAUGUUGGUUUUUCCGAAACCGGGUCAAGAGCACACUAUGGACCUUCUGGGGGAGGAGAGAGGAAGAAGACAUCUGUUGCAUAAAAAUCGGAUAGCUCUACUAGGGGAGGAGGAAGCGGAGAAACUUCAGAAGGAGGAUCAUGAGCGAGAGCAACAUCUACUAGAUCAAAUUCACAAGGAGGGGAGUGCUAAGAGAGAAAAAACGGAACGACGACAUUAUCUGGGCCCUCAGUUCGUCGAGCUUACAUCCACACAGCGGCUUGAUUACGAAAAGAGGCUCCAUGAGAGCGGGGGGUUUGAUGUUGGGGAUAUCCCCGCAUAUGUUUCCAAUAUCCCUGUUAGACCAUUUGUGCUUGACAGCCCCAUGUUAGUGAAGAUGGUUGAAGGGUAUGCAAAGUUGGCCCUUGAUCAGCACAACAAACAUAAUAAUACAAAGUACCAAUUUGUGAAGGUCCUCAAGGCAAACAUCGGUGGUUAUAGUCCUGGUUGGACCUACUAUAUUACCUCUCAGGUCAAAGAUAUGGCUGGUUCUGGUUCUCCCACUCUCAACUUCCAGGCCGAAGUGAAUAGUUUGGAGGAUAAGGAAGCUGUCACGUCUAUUGCACCUGAACCGUAAUCCUAUCUACUCCAAGGGCAGGCGGAGAUUUCACAUUGCUGUUGAUGUUGUUUGUUGACUUGUCUUUACUUUUUGGGUAGUUGGUGCUUCCAAACUAAUGGUUAACUAUGUGUAUGACUAGAAUACUCUGUUCGGUUCGGUAUCGUGUUCUGGAAAUAUGACUGUGGUAUGGCAUUAUGGUCAGUUUAGGCUCAAAAGCUGUUGUUAAGUUUAGGGUGGUUGGUGCUUUCAACCUAAUGGUUAACUAUGCGUAUGACUGGAAUACUCUGCUAGGUCCAGUAUCAUGUUCUGGAAAUAUGAGACGGUAAUAUGGCAUUGUAGUCGGUUUCAAUGUGCUAACUGUUGCUCCGGUGAACUUCAUAAUUUUUCUCAUUCAGCAUUAUUGUUUUCUUUUCUUUUGCU